AUGAUCUCUGAAUCUAGUAAAGAAGAUAAAGCCCGGUCCGUGGCCAUUGACCGGCGCCUGAAGCAAGAUAGUCGUGGUCUGUGCCAGAACGUCAAAGUCCUACUAUUUGGACUUGAAGAUAGCGGAAAAGAUGCAAUGGUCAAACAUAUGAAGCUCAAGUCUGCAAAUGGGUACACUCGCUCAGAACUGAUAGAGUGGCGACAGAUGAUCAAGGCAAAGCUACUCCGGAAUGUAUUUGUACUUCUCGAUGCCAUGGAGCAAUGUGGCAUUGAACCCGGAAAUGAGUCUAACAUCAGCCACUGUGAAUUUCUCAUGAGAUGUCGCUUAGACAACCCCAUGAAUGGUCGACUAGACUUCCAUAUAGGCGUUGCUAUCCAAGCCCUAUGGAACGAUCCGUGCAUGGCUAAAGUUCUUAAGCAUUCCGCUGGCACCGAUUAUACCUUGGACGGCGAAGCCCGAUAUUUAUUCGAGCAGACGUCACGCAUCGUCCAGCCACAUUACGAGCCCACUGUGGAAGACAUCCUUAGAACAAAUGACGAAUCAAGAGGAAUCCGUGAGACAGAUUUUGUAUUUGAAACUUUCCAAAUGACGAUUUUCGAUAUAAACACGAGACAACUAGGCGAGCAGCAGAAGUGGAUACACGCAUUCGAGACCGUGACUUCCAUCAUGUUUGUGGUAGAUCUUGCGGAUUACGAAUCGAUACAUUCUGACCAUGAUUCGGGAGGUAUGACGGAAUCUCUUACACUCUUUGACUCUAUGGUGAACUCUCGCUGGUUCUCACGGUCGUCUGUGAUCCUCUUCCUCACAAAUAUGCAUGCUUUCAGGAAUAAACUUUUGAGGACUCCUUUCUCAAGCUACUUUCCCGACUAUACUGGGCCCGAUGAUGCAGCUGCGAUCUUGCAGUACAUUAUCAAAAGAUUCAAUGCAUGCAACAGAUGCCAUCUCGACUUCUUUCCACAUGUCUUGGAACUAUCAGAUCCUGUCAGUCUCAAGCUUCUCCUCAAGGCUGUUCAAGAGACAACGGUAAACAACGCCCUUAGGACUCUAGGCAAGAUCUAG